AUGGCUGACGUCUCUCCCAAUCCCAUCCCUUUCUCCGAGCCCCCGUAUCUGCGGGGUCUCCCCUCCCCAUACUACACCGCCAGCCAUCGCCGAUUCCAGAAAGCUUGCCGCGCAUUCGCAUGGGAGCACCUCCUCAACAAUGCGAUGGAGUGGGAGAAGGCGGGUACGGUCCCCGAACAUGUCUUCAAGGAUUUCUGCAAGCAUAACAUGUUGCUGCCGAAUCUGCCCGCCCCAUUACCCGUGGACUGGCUGAAGAGACUGGGGAUUCAUGAUAUUCUGGGGGUGAAGGUCGAGGAAUGGGAUUAUUUACAUACAGGAAUCUACUGCGAUGAGCUGUCCCGGUCGGGUCUAGCUGGACCGGGGGCCUCGUUGAGCGCUGGUUUCGCUUUCGGUAUUCCCCCGAUCAUCAAGUACGGUAGCAAGGAGCUGCAGGAACGUUUUCUUCCCGAUCUCCUCACGGGAAGGAAACGUGGCUGCAUUGCCAUCACGGAGCCAGAAGCGGGAAGCGAUGUCGCCAAUAUCACCACCACUGCCACGAAGACUCCAGAUGGAAAGUACUACAUCAUCAAUGGGACAAAGAAAUGGAUCACCAACGGAAUCUGGUCAGAUUAUACCACCAUGGCCGUCCGCACAGGCGGCCCCGGCGCAGCCGGUCUCUCGGUCAUUCUCGUCCCUCUCAAGGGCCACCCCGGCGUCACCAUGCGUCGACUCAAGGUCUCCGGCCAGCUCACCGGCGGAACGACAUAUAUCGAGCUCGACGACGUCAAAGUCCCCGUGGGCAACCUGAUCGGCCGCGAAGGCGACGGCAUGCGCAUCAUCAUGACCAACUUCAACCACGAACGCUUGACCAUCGCGGUCGGCGUCACCCGGCAGGCCCGUGUCGCUCUUGCUGCCGCCUUUCAGUACACGAUGAAGCGCGAGGCGUUCGGCAAGACACUGAUGGAUCAACCGGUGGUGAGGCACCGGCUAGCGAAGGCGGGCGCAGAGCUCGAGACGAUGUGGGCUUGGUUGGAGCAGAUCUUGUACCAGUUGUGUCAUCUCAGCAAAGAGCAGGCCGAUCAACAGCUGGGGGGUAUCACAGCGCUAGCCAAGGCCAAGGCGGCUAUGGUGCUGAAUGAAUGUGCGCAGUGUGCGGUCUUGUUGUUUGGUGGCGCUGGGUAUACCGCUAGUGGACAGGGAGAGUUGGUCGAGGCGAUUCUGCGAGAUGUCCCUGGUGCUCGCAUACCAGGUGGAUCAGAGGACGUCCUUCUUGACCUGGCCGUGCGACAACUGGUCAAGAUCUAUCAAGCGGGAGAGAAGAAGCUGGCAAAACAGGCAAAGAUGUAA